AUGGAAGGAUAUAUGGAGAAUGAUAGCAUUCAUAAUGGUAAGGAAGUUGAGGGAACAGAUGUAAACAAAGCUGAAGGUAAUACCUUAGGUACUUCAUCCUCAGGAUUAACAAAAAAGCGGGGAAAGACGUUAUGUCGAAAAAUUCAUGGACGAAAAUUCAAAGAUAGACAAGAGAUCACCUUGAAUAAAGAAGGACAACCAAUUGGGCCAGAUGAAAAGACAGUGUCUGAACUCAGUAGUUUUUUGGGGACACUAGGAAGAAGUUCAGAUUUAUGUCCUCUCACUUUCACUAGUUGGAUUGAUUUGGUCAAGCAUUGGGAGGAACACAAUUUGGAUCCCGUGUGGGAUUAUGUCAAUGAAAAAUACAAUAUCCCAAAGGAAGGAAAGAAGGUUGUAUUUGCUAUUACAAAUGGUGCUUGGAGACGAUACAAAUGCUCGCUUAAAAGGAAGCAUUUUAGCAAGUAUAAAACCUUGCGCGAGCAGCUAAAAAAUCGUCCACAAGAGGUACCAGAAGAAGAUUUUAGAAAGUUAUUGGAGUAUUGGAGAGAUGACAAAACUCUAGAAGUCAAUCAUCAAAAUGCCGAAAAUGUAGCUCAACUGAAAUGA